UGCCAUACGUAUGUUUCUCAUGUACAGUAACAACCAGAAGGGUCAAAAACAAGUGACAGUAACUGUCGCACAAUUAGCGUGGCGGCGCUAACCAGCUGCCCAACCUCUGUAAAGGGGCGGGGCGUGCGCGGUGACAGCGCGUUGCUAUUGGAGCAGAUAAAGAGCUACGUGUCUGUGUCAUGGCAGCUCCCAGUUGAGUUGUGUAGUUGUGAGCCGCUAAAAAGCAAGUUCGUGUGCGGGUGGCGGCAGGUCCGGAGGGGAUGCGGUGACAGAUGUAUUUUAGGGGACCCGCCGUGGGUCUCACCUUCUGCUGCUUUUAUUUGUCUUCCUAUUUCACAAAUAAGUAUGUCUUGUCUGUCUUGAAAUUCACAUACCCCACUCUUUUCCAAGGAUCAGAUGUUGUACUGUGGCUGCCUGGAUGUGCACUCUUUGUUGGAAUUAUUUAUGCUGGUUCCAGGGCACUGUCAAGGCUGCCCAUCCCAGUGUUCUUCACCUUGCACAAUGCAGCCGAAGUUGUGAGCUAUGGAUUUCAGAGACUGCUAUUCAGAGAGAAAUGUCCUUAUUCAAAGAUUUUCAGUAUCUUUUUGCUGCUGCUUUCUGCUGGGUGCCUUCCAUUACAUGAUCCCCAGUUUGAUGCUGAUGGUUAUUUUUGGGCUGUAAUUCACCUGUUCUGUGUAGGAUGCUACAAAGUAUUCAAAAAGUCGCAGAAGUCAGGUUCACUAAGUGACCUUGAUCAACAGUAUAUAAACUAUGUGUUCAGUGUUGUGCUAUUGGGCCUUGCAUCCCACCCAACCGGAGACCUCAUCAGUGCCUUGGAGUUUCCAUUUCUCUAUUUCUACAGAUUCCACUCUGGGUGUUGUGCCAGCGGGAUACUGGGCUUCUUACUGAUGCUCGCUUCUGUUAAGUUGAGGAGUAACCUCUCAUCUGUUCAACAUGCGUCCUGGAAUUUCGUGGCUAAGGUUAUUACUGCUGGUCUGUCGCUGAUUUAUUUUCAGAUUACUCUGACUGUACCCCUGACUUUAUGUUUGCUGGCUGGUGGCCUUGGAGAAGCUGUUCUGGUGUACGCAGAGAGAACAGGAGUGUAAAAUAUGGCACUAUUGUGUGUCUCCUUAAUGUAAAAUCGGUUUAUUAUACGUCCACUCGUUGUUAUACUAAAAGAUCAUUAGCAAAUGGCAGUUAAAAUAUGCCCUAAACAGCAUGAGCUUUAGGCUGGAUGUACUUAGUUGCAUUUUACACUGUGUGGGAGAAGCCUAUCUGUAAGCAUAGCUUGGGGAGACUUAGAAAUUGUAAUCCUACAUUGCACAUUCCACAGGUUAUUAAUUGUGGCUGUUAGCCAGGUCUGGACUGACAUUCAAAAUAGGCCUUGGCAUUUCAGGUACACAGAGGCCCAAACAGGCCACACAACAGCCCCCACCAGCCCAAGAAAUAGUGACUGUCCAUGGCAACUUACAGCAGCCCUUCUGGCAUUUGCCAGAAGCCACAGAUUGCCAGUCCGGGCCUGCUGUUAGCCCACUGGCUGAUCUUAAUAAAAACCACAUUAAGGGGUGUAUUUAUUAUGCUGUGUAUAAAAGUGGAGUGAAACUUUACCAGUGAUGUUGCCCACAGUAACCAAUCAGAUCUUUGUUUUGUUGUUGAAAACGAAUUGCUGAUUGGUUGUACUGGGCAACAUCACUUGUAAUGCUUCACUGCACUUACAGCAUGAUAAACAAACAACUGUCAUUCACUGGUGUAAGUUUGCACUGGCCUUUGCAGUAUCAUAAUCAUUGGCGUGUAGUGCUUUAAUAAACUGCUUUGUCCCUAGUCUAUUUACAUUUGUUUAUGAUUCUUAUUACAGUUUUUAUAGAUACCAAAAAGCAGACAACUUCAUGAUUAGAAGGAUCUAUUAUUUUAGCAAUGGCAUUUUCAGCACAAUCAUAUAAUUAAUCUGAAUAAGAACUGCCUGGAACAAAUACAAUUGUGUGCUUUGAUUUUAUUACUGCUUAAUGAAAGGUUUAGCAAGGGAGCAAGGUAUGAAUAAAUUACACAAAAUCAAGAUACAAAAUGGUUAAUCAAUGUUAUGUGUUUUUUUAUUUGUAAUAUUAUUUACCAUAUAACUAUUCUGUUUCAAAGCAACUUAAUAUCUAAUAAAUAUUUUAUUCUUUAUACAGAAAUCCUA